UACCACAUACAGUUUUUUCAGAUUAAUUAGAUGCUUAUGUGUCAACCUAGCAACCUAAUUGUUGUUUGGAAAAUUUUGUUUUAAAUUCAGAACAGCUGACCUAUAGGUGGAUGUUGGAAUAUUACCUACCCUUGCACUGGGUAUACGAGGCCAUCUUCUGUGAAGAAAACAAGCACAUUUCUAUUUGUGGGAUGUCCAUAGUGUUAGAAUUCACUAUGCUACAGUAGAAUUAUUAUCUUAGUUAAUACAUUUCAUUGUGAGGAAUUUUCUUAUUCUUAUGGAUUGCAUCAUGGAUUGAGGAUUUGGUCUUUAUUCCAUGCUAAAACUUGAUUAUUAAUUAGCCUCUAUUCUUCCUCUUUGCUUCCAGAAAAUGGUAUGAUCUUUCAUUUCAAAGUUGUAGAGGACUGUUCGUUUUGUUUACCAGAUAUUUGCUGGGAUUUUGGCUACCCGGCACCUGAACUUCUAUUCUUGUUUGGACUGCAGCAGAAUAUGUAAAAUCGCGACUCCCAGAGGCCCUCAAACAGCAUCUUCAGGACUACGAGAAGGACAAAGAAAAUAGUGUUUUGUCGUACCAGACCAUCCUUGAACAGCAGAUUCUGUCAAUUGACAGAGAAAUGCUAGAAAAAUUGACUGUAUCCUACGAUGAAGCAGGUACAACGUGUUUGAUUGCUCUGCUAUCAGAUAAGGACCUCACUGUGGCCAACGUGGGUGACUCAAGAGGGGUCCUGUGUGACAAGGAUGGGAACGCCAUUCCUUUGUCUCAUGAUCAUAAGCCUUACCAACUGAAAGAAAGAAAGAGGAUAAAGAGAGCUGGUGGUUUUAUCAGUUUCAAUGGCUCCUGGAGGGUCCAGGGAAUCCUGGCCAUGUCUCGAUCCCUGGGGGAUUAUCCACUGAAAAAUCUCAAUGUGGUCAUCCCAGACCCAGAUAUCCUGACCUUUGACCUGGACAAGCUCCAGCCCGAGUUCAUGAUCUUGGCAUCAGAUGGCCUCUGGGAUGCUUUCAGCAAUGAAGAAGCUGUUCGAUUCAUCAAGGAGCGCUUGGAUGAACCUCAUUUUGGAGCUAAGAGCAUAGUUUUACAGUCAUUUUACAGAGGCUGCCCUGACAAUAUAACAGUCAUGGUGGUGAAGUUCAGGAAUAGCAGCAAAACAGAAGAGCAGUGAACCCCUCAGGGUUUCGUCUGCCUUAGACUAAAGGACUUUCAACACACUGGUCUCUUUUAAUGUAGUGAAAGGCGUGGGAGUUACAAUUAGGAUCAUCUACCUAGACAUGGGAUUCCCCCUCCCUGGUGGCCAUAGGUCUAUAUGCAGUAAUGAACAGAGGGUGCUCUCAGCCAAUGUGGCCAAGAGGCUGGAAAAUGGUUUCUUCAUGUUUUUCCAAGUCUUUCAUCCGAUGUUGAAAAUAUAUAAAUAUAUAGCUGUAGAUUCACACGUAUGAAGUGAAUGGCAUAUGUGCCAUAUAUUCUCCCAUUUGAGAUUCUUUUCAAGAUCUCUUACAGGGUUCUCCAGGCAUCAGACUUUGUCCUCUCUUCCGAGCCGUGAACAGAGCAGGCCUCCAGAGCUGCAGGAGACAGGCUUCAGCGUCCCCUGUGAGUCAGGGCUGAUGUGUCAACGCCCGUUGCUGAGAGGCAGAGCUAUCCUGAGAGUGCUUUGUCCUUCUGAGCCCAGGUUUUUCUGCCCAGCAGCAGCCCAGACACAGAUUUGGGAUGGUUUAUUAUUCCGUGGCCGCUCUUAGAGACUGAAGGAAGUGGGGAGGAUGAGAGCUGCCUGCACAGCAGACAUAACCUUUUCCCCUGGCUUCCUUUAUUAGUUAAAUAGACUCUGUGUACCACCUGACCAGUCUUUGUGCGUUUAUCCUAAUUGUGCAUGACCUUAACCUUUUGCUUCUACCUUACCUUAUGUAAUAGGCAGCUGUGAAACUUCACCACCAGACACCACGAUUUUUUGUCUUACCAAGAAACCUGUUCGGGGAAAUGAGUAACGCAAAUCACAAUACCAUAAUUCCUUCAGUCUUUAAGGGUAGAGGACAAUAGUGGCCAAAUAAGUCACAGUGCCUCUUGGGAAAUCUACUGUUUGCAUUAGGAGAGAAAGCUGGUGAGGUCACCACCCUGAACUGAGCUCCAGCGGCCAGUUUUUGUGCGGGUUUUUUUUCCUCAGCUAUCCUAUUAGCUUUCAUGUAUCUUUCAAGCAGUGUUCAGAGAAGCAGCAGCCUCGAACUGCGUGUGUGUUCCCUGAAGCCCAGUACACAGUUCCCAGUGUGGUUUGGCAUUUGGUGAUAAAAUGCUGGCGUGUGCUUCUCCUUGACAGUGGAAAGGCAGCAGCCGGUAACAUUUGGUUGCAGAUCACCGUCCACACUAGGUAGCUUUCCCCAAAGAAAUACAAUCCGUCCCACACCGCCCCGCCCUGUGUUUCAAGGCAACCCAGCUGGCUGGGAAUUCAAGCUCAAACCUAUAUUGUUAAGUGGCUCAGAGUUAUUUCUGUGCAAAGCUUGCUGCUCUUCAUUUCCUAUCUCCAAAGUCAUGUUUCCAACAUCAGUGUUGUAUAAAUUAAUUGACAGGAAAUGCUGGGUCAUCCUGUUUGCCUGGCUGACGUGGCUCAAGCAACCAAACAAGAUUUUUGUUGUGUCUCCGCCCCUCUGUGUCUGAAAUGUCAAGGUGUCCACCUGGUUUUGUCCUUCUCAAGUGGGCACUUGUCGUUAGAGCUUCUCAAAGGCCCCAUUGCUUGGCCACCUCUGGUCCACGGUGCUCCUCGCCUCCCCGCCCCACCCUUAUUCAACUAUGCAGCUUUCCGGAAGCAGGUUCCAAGGGAGGACCUGGGAGGAUGAAAAGAUUCCCUUACGGCUGCCAAGGACUGCACACCCUGUCUUGAUUCCUCCAAGCACUUACCUUUCUUUGACUGCAGUGAGAAUUAAUAAUGGUUUCCCAAGAGAUUUGGCUCACUUUGGUAAACUGUAACAUUAGAAUUUCCAACAUUAGAAUCAGAACCCUGAUUUUUUUUCAGCUAUAGAAUGUUCUAGUACAAAAUAUCUGCCACCAUUUUAGAUUGAAGUGUUUGCAUAUUGAGAGACAGUGAGCAUUUGGAUGUGUGUAUCUGGGUGGGGUCAGGAGAGGAAUGUAGGAGUCAUGCUGGUUGUGCUCAGUGAUGGGACAGUCAAGCCAGGUGGCCCAUGUUUGCUUGGAGAUCUAGGACAUUGUGACUCUGGAGAGUUACCAAAGCCCACCGGGAACAGGCAGUUUCAGCAUGUUGUGCUACACAGUCCGUUUUCCUUUUUUAUUUUUAACUUAACCCUAAAAUUCAUCAUAACAAGAGAAAGAAAUUAUUAAAUUCCAUGAUCAUUGUUAUUGUCUAAAAUGAAAAUAGUAAUGUUUUGGUGAAGACAAAAAAGCAAAGCCACAGUGGAGUCCUGUUUGUUUACCCUGCACGAUGUCUUCCUAGGCGGCACCGAGUGCAGGACUGUAUGCCUGGGGAAGCCCCCAGCUGAGGUUCACAAGGUGGCUUCCAAAUUUUGCUUUGUAGAAUUAACUCUUUUCUGAAUUUAACCACAUAGUGUGUGUGUAUUUCCUACUCCCUUUCUUUCUGCCUCUUUUCCUCCCACUUUGGCUUGUAGAUUUUUCAAAGAUAGACAUUUUAGGCAAAAUAGUAGCAGUUUUAUUAAUAGCUGUGUCUAAACUUAGAGAAUUUUGCUUCCUUCCCCUGUCCUGGAGCUCUGUCUGACCCUCCGUCCAGCUGUUUGGGGUCUACAGACAUCACCCCUGGGGUGCCCUGUGGCUCAUUUUCUAGGGACAAGGGAAGUUGAAUCUAGCCUUUAGGGAAAUUGAUUUGAGGAGUUUGCAUGUGAAACUUCCCUAAACAGCACUGCCAAAGCUUUGGAAUUACCACACGAGGCCGCCCAGACUCCCUAGCCCGAGUUCGCAUUGCCAAUAGCCCCAUGGUGCCAAAUUUUGGGAUGAUUUUGCGGUCUUUUAAAAAUGAAGUUGGGAAUGAAUGACCACAUGCUUAUGAGCCCCCAGCAAGGUGCCAAGCCCAGAUCCUCAUUAAUGCACUGCUCUGCUUCUGCUCCACUGGCAAUUUAUACUCUUAACAUGGGUUGGGAUUAGGGGCAAGGGUAGGACAAGAUAGGAAAACUUUUUAAAAAAUUCAUUGUAUUUGCAAUUCUUUAAUCAAAGGAAUAAACAAUACUUACAUUAAAAACUCCAAAGCUAGUUCCUAAGAUCUGCAUUCAUUUUAUGUGACCAACUUGUCCAAGGCACUUAACUUUGAAGUCACUAUUGUAAUACAACAUGACUGUGCACAGAUGUACACAUUACUGGUAACCAAUGGCUACAUUCUAUUCCUUGCGGUAGAUAAAAGGUAUUGGCCUCUUGAAUCUUGUCUAUGUGAUAAAGGUAUUACGAAGAGUAUUUUUUUUUGUAGAGUAAAGGAGCACAGGCAAUCUGGAUAAUUUAACACAGGGCUUAUUUCAGGCAACUGUAAUGAUUUCAACCCACAUACAUUUUGUGCAUACGGGAUUGCGUUAGAGUGACAGCAUCAUCAUUUCAAUCCAACUGAAGUAAUUCUAGGAAAUUGAUUACAUUAUUGAAUUGGAUCACUGGGAUUUCCGGCAGUACAUGCGAGAUACACAAGGGAGUGAUCGCUUUUUUCCUUUGCCCGGUAUACCUUGAUUUUCUGGAUUUUUUUUCUCCCUGAGUUAUUGCCAGAUCGAAUGCUCUUACAACUGUGUCAAUGAAGAAGGUUUAGAAAGGGCAACAUUUUGUAGUGCAUUUGAAAGUCUAAGAAUACAUGCUGUGGAUAAAGCUUUAUUCUUUAAUGAUUUCAGAAAAAUUGUUUUCCCUUUGACUCAUCAUCAUUAGACUGAUCCUCCCAUAAUAUUCUCCCCAGAUUGCCUUAGCUUGUCACACCAGCAUUCCUGAACCAGCUCUGCAGAAAUGACAUGACUGUUAGAUACCACACUGGGGCCUAUUUAAUUGCCUCUAGAUUAAAUUGUUGGUAUCUAGACUUUUGAGCUACUUAGCUGAACAUGGCAGGAGUAAUAGAAUCCAGUGUUCCCCAGAGUGUGUUCUAUAGAACCUACGUUCCAAAUGGAGGUGCUCUUCCAAAUAUAAGGUUCCAUGGUCAAAUGAGUUUGGGAAACAUACUGUCUUAUCAUACUGUGUGCUUAUAAGCACAUAGAAGGUUUUAAUUUAAAUGUCCUAUGGGGGGGGGGGGUAUACCACAAAUGUAAUUUAAGUUAGCUCAGUGUUUUUCAGAUUAAUUUGGACAGAGAAACUUUUUUGAGUAACACCUAGUAACAUUCCAAGGAGCUUGUGUUCCAUAGGACCCACAUUGGAAAUUCUGGUAUAUGGAAAUAUUACUGUUUUCUCAUUCACUGUGACUCUUAGUAGUAGCAGUACAGUUCGCAAUUUUGAAACAAGUCCUUUCACAUAGGAGGCUGAUUUGUCAGUGAAAGCAGUGUUAAGAAGCAGUCUGACUUAAUAAGCCCAUCAGCAGCCUCCCGUUGAUAACAGAAGCCCAGCAGUCCUACCUGAAGCUCUAAACUUCUCUCUUCUUCUGUGUGAAUAAUAAGUAGGAGCCUUGCCGUAGCUAGGAAUUUCUUAGAUUCAUUCCAAGAGCUUUCCGUUCUGUUUCAAAGUUACCUCUUGGCUUUUCAGAUUGAAUCAAAACAAAUAGAUUUAUAUUUCAUCACAACGUGAGAGUUUAAAUAUACAUAUUUAAAAUAAUAGAAAAGGGGGAAAAGACUUGGUUUUAAUUCAUUUUAAAUUUUUAACUCAAUUUUUAAAAUUAUGUAUCCAUUGUGUAAUAAUGGAAAUGUAAACUAAUAACACUUCUUUACUCUCUUUCCUCUGUCAUUCUUUCUAGAUUCAAUGAUAUAAUCUGAAUCAAUCAAAGCUCAUUCAUUCUAAAAUCCCUUUCCCAUAUUUUCCCACCUUUCACAUUUUAUGUAUAAGAUAGUUUGGUAAGUCAUCUCUUGCAUCAGAUGUAGGGCUUGACUAUAUAGCUCCAUACUCCUCACUCAGCCUGGGCAGUGCUGGGAAGCUCUGAGAGGCAAUCCCAAAAUAACAGAUGAAAUAAAUUUAGUCCAAAACGUGGCGCAUGGGGAAUUUAGGGUAACUUCAUUAACUCAGAAUUACCUCCACUGUUCAGGAAUUAUACCCACCCUGUGGACAUUAUCCAAACUAGUAAAAAACUGAAAGUGAAAUUAUUCAGGCCAAGUGGCAGAUGGUGGAGGGCAAGUGAUGGUUGACACUACAUGGCUUCCGUCAGAUAUGUGCGUCUAGACACGUUUUCUAAUAUGUAAAUUUUUUGCUAAUUCAUGAUGUUUAUGCUCUGUCCAUUACUUUUUUGUUACCACUGUUAAGCUGCAGACUGUUUAACUAAGAGAUGCUUAUACUAAUUUUGAUGUGCUUAGUAAUGACCACACCAGCACCUGUGUAAUCACUUUAUUAAUCCAAACUAAGGACUUUGUAGAGAGCAUGUAGUAGCUGUGCAUUUUAACAAAUCAUCAUAGGCAUUUUCACAAUUCAAAACUCUGCCAGCCAGCAAGCAAGCAGCAAAGGUGUAGGUUAUAUUUAGAGAUGUGGUUCCAUUUAUUCUAGAAGUCCUAUAAUCUGGUAUUAUUUAACUACAAAAUUCCCCCUGACAUUUGCCAAAUUUGAAUUAAGCUCAGAGCCUCCAAGUACCUGAGUCCUUGGCUCUGAGCACCAGCAGAUUGCCGCGAAGGGUCUGGCAGCAGAUUGUGGUGGGUGAGCAUUGAGGGCAGGACCACGUGCAUGAGUCACUCAUUACCUCUGUAGGAGAGGGAGUAUCGGCCACACUCUCCCAUCACCUUCUGUCAUGAGGAAAUUCCAGAGGUUAAAUAUGAUAUCAUGCAUUAUCUCCACUUGCUUCUGUAUAUAUCUGACAACGCAUAAUUUAACCUAUGUUUGCACAGAAACAAUGGUAGAAGUAGUAAUCAAGGAACUGGGGGAGAAUAUCUUAAGGGUACCCAGACACUAAAACUGUAAAAAGUAGGUUUUCCAAAAUUUGUAUUAUCAGUCUUCUGCCAUACAUGGGUCAUAUUUAAUAGCAAUUGCUGACACGUGCACACAGAUCAGUAGAAGGCAAUUGUUCCCACAUCUUACCUAUUCAGACGAGUGGCUUCCUACUUAGAGUAUUGGCUAAUGCUUUUUUUAUGGGUUAAGAAAGACAGAAUUCUAGAGCUCCUUUUAUAGGACUGCUAGAACAAGCAGAAUGACAUCUAAGAAAAAUAAUUUGAACAUUUUUUUAAUUUAAAAAAAGGUAAAAUUAAUUUCCAGUAUGGUCAAAGUCAGAAAAGAAAAGCAUUUUUAAGAACACAUAAAAGACAAAAUUAAAGGAUAAUAAUAUAAAAGGAAAUAUUUUAAGAAAAGAAGGCAUAUUUUAUUACAUUAUGAAUCAUGCUUUCUGAUACUUGUGGUUUUUCUGAAGUUAAGGAGAUAACAUUGAAAUAAGAAAGUGAAAAUUGAGUUAUUUGUAAAGUUAGUAAAAUUACAGUCCCUGUUCCAUUCUUUUCCAAUGAAAAUGAAUACAUGUGGUCUUAUUUAUUGCUGCUCUAAACACCUUCACUGUUCUACGUUCUGUUUACUUUCCAAAUCUUAGCUACAACAGAGCGAAUUUUAGAAGACAUAAUUUUUCAAAUGCCAACAUGAAUACUAGUGAGUAUUCAAUUCAAAACAGACAAUUAUGAAUCACUCAACUAGGUUUUACUCCUGAAACCAAGACUACACUGUAUAUUUACUAACUUGAAUUUAAAUAAACCAAUUUUAAAAAUAAAUAAAUAAAACACAAUUACAAAAACAAACAACAGGGUAAUUCCGUGUUCUUACCUGUGGGAGGUUUUCUAAUCCAUAUAAUGCAAAGGGCCAUAUUUGCUCAUAUAAUUAAAAAAAAAAAACACCAAUCAUGUAGAAAUGAUGUUUCAGACAUCUUUAGCCCAAGAGAAUGAGGUCUUUUGUGCAAAUUUUAAAUUUCUGUCUGAGUAUAUGUAAGAAUAAACAAUGACUGCUUGGUGUACUAAUGAAAAGGUACAAAUCCUGCUAUUUGGGAAAAAACUAGAAACAUGGGACAUUAAGCAAGACUACUUUCCACAUUUAGGCUCUAAGACUAUAACCAAACAGGCUUCAUGUAUUGGUUAUUUUGAUUGCCCUUUUAUCUCAGGCAUAUAUUCAGAAAAUAGAGUAAUAAAUACAAAAAUGGAGAAAAUCCAAUAACUUUUGCUUCUAUUUUAGAAUGCAGGGGUGCCUGGCUGGCUCAGUCGGUACAGCAUGCAACUCCUAAUCUCGGGGUCGUGAGUUCAAGCUUCACACUGGGCACAGAGAUUACUUUAAAGAAAUUAGAAAGCAGUGUUUGCCCUUGUUAAUUUGUCUGAAAUACUUGUUCAUAUUGAAACAUUAACACCUACAACAUUGUCUUCAGUUUACCCUUCAAUUACUAAAGCAAAUGGCUUUGAGGUAUAGCACGUACACAAUUUCAGUGCAGGUUGUCCAGCUGAAAUUUACUUUUCAAUGCCUCAGUGUUCCCAUGGUGAGCCAGGAAAAGGAAAAUAAAAGGAAGAAGAAGAAAUUUUAAUAACGUCAGAGAAUGGUUAUUCUGACAAGCCUGGAAAAUAGUAAUGAAGUUAAACGCUCCAGUGUGAACGUACGUAAUUUCUAUAUGCCAGAUGUACAAGGUAUAUUUUUAAAUAUAAGCAUUAUUUCAUUUAUAACAGAUUGAUCUACCUUAUGAACAGAUUUCAUUAGAAAAGACACUAUUUUUGCUGUAAGUA